GUUUAGGAUGUUAGCUUGAUCUGGAAAUACCAAAGUUAGAGCAGUUAGGGGUUGAAGUGGAUGGACGUCCUGCUAAGGGGAGAACAAGGUGGGAGUUAAUUAAGGGGGCUUAAAAAAUAACCUUUUUGAUCGAUGGCCGCGUUAGACAUUAACCAAUGAAUACUUAAUUGGAGCAUGUGUUAGUCACGAUGAGUUAGCAGAAAGAAGAACGGAGGGUAUGAAAGAGCCAUCAUUUUUGGGAGGGAGUACUCUCUGAGCCAGAAGUGCCUGUCGACUGCUGGAAGAAGAUUUCUGCUGUAGCUUUUUAGCCUACAAUAUAUUUAGAUUUUUAUUAUACUCAAAUUUAAAUGUUUAUUAUACUCAGUUGAAGUAAAAUUCUAGGAGUAAUCCUUAAUGUUACCUCAUUGAUAGAGGUGUGGUAAGGUAGCUGUUAAAGUUUCUAGACGUCGUCUGAGUGACUGAUCAUCCCGGGGGAGACAACAAACUGUUUAUAGAGCUGUAGAAGAGUCAACUUGUUUCUGAAGAUCUCUAUCUAAACAGUCAUGGGAGCCACACUGACAGCCAGUGAGCGCCAGGUAAAGGAACAGAAAGACCUGCUUUCACUGAGAGCCACUGUGGAGAAACAGAGUUCUGCACUCCAAGAGCUGAGAGCCACUGUGGAGGAACUGAAGAGAGAGAACAGAGAGAGACCGAAGGUAGCCUUCUCAGCUUCACUGUCUGAAACCAAAGGACCAUUCAAUACUGACAUCACCCUGGUCUACAAGCAUGUCUUCACCAACAUUGGCAAAGCUUACAGUCCGGUGACUGGCAUCUUUAAGGCGCCGGUGAGUGGAAUCUACUACUUCAGAUUCACUGCCUUUGGAUUCACCUCCAAACAUAGAAGAGUGUCCCUGUACAAAGGAGGACAACUUAUGGUGACUGUGACUGACAGUAGCACACCACAUGAUGGAGAAGACAGUGGAUCCAAUGGUGUCACCCUGCAGCUGGAAAAAGGUGAAGAGGUCUACACACGUCUUAAAGCAGAACAUCAAGUCUAUGAUGACGGGGCUCACCACACCACCUUCACUGGUUUUCUGAUCUCCGCUUAGGAAGCAGAGUAACAAUUGUUAGCAAAAACGAACAUUUGAUUACAAAGUCAAGUUUCCGCUUUUUUAUUCAGUAAAAUUGUUAAUGAAUAGAUGUUAACAGUUCCAGUGAUUUUACAUUCUCUAAACUAAAAUAGAAAAACAUUGAAACUAGGUUUUGAUAACAAUGUGAAAAUCCUUUACAAAGUUUUUGUUUUCUACUGAAAUACAUCGACUGUGGUGUUUUAUGCGAUGCUUAAGACAUUGAGUUGUAUGUUUGAUUUAAAAUAAAAUAAGAUUAAUAAUAAGA